AUGGGCAUCUUAGACUUCUUGAUGCGGAUCCGCCACACCAGUAGACCGGCAGGUAUUCUGAUUCUAGGUCUAGACAACGCUGGCAAGACAAGCAUCCUGCGCCAGCUCAGUGAUGAGGAUAUCUCGCAUGUCGCGUCCACGCAGGGAUUUCAGAUUAAGAAGCUCGUGACCGGCGGUAUCAAAAUCAACGUGUGGGAUAUGGGAGGCCAGCGCGCUGCGCGCUACUACUGGCGGCAGUACUUCAAAGAGGCGGACGUCGUCAUCUACGUCAUUGAUGCGGCCGAUCCUCGGCGUAUCCACGAGGCACGUCGUGAGCUGGAGCACCUCCUGGAGGAAGAGAAGGUGGCGGGUGUGCCAAUGCUUGUCUUCGCGAACAAGCAGGAUUUACUGGGUGCACUGUCGGUAGAAGAGGUCUCCGUGGCACUCAACCUGACGGAUUUGCGAGACCGACAGUGGCACAUUCAGGCAUGCUCCGCCAAGACAGGCGAGGGGUUGGAUGAGGGCAUCAGUUGGGCUGUGAAGCAGGUGAAGAAGUGA